GUUCGGUCAAGGUGUGCAAGGGACUGCUUUUUUGACGUUUCUGCUCGUUCCUGACAGGGAACCUGCCAUCCAAAAAGGUAUCAGACGAUCGCCGCCUCGAUCUUGUCCUUCGCCUCGUGGAAUUUCGCGUUGCACUGUCGGCAAACCGGUACUUUCUGUCAGCAGAGCACAGUGAGCCGGUGCUUGCCACACACGCGACGUCUUGGACCCAGCAAAUAAGAAAAUAAAACGCCAAAUACCUCGCCCAGCGUCGGCGGGCACACCAAACUCAAUCCAGGCAACGCCCAACCAGGUGGUCGCGACAAAAAGGCGACCUCUCCGCUCAACGCCAGAUCAAGUCUAGGCCAUCGGCACACAGCUCAAAACAGCAUCUCCACAUCUUUGCCUUUUUUGUCCUUCGUGAUACCCAAAACGAAAAAAAAAUGGCCGACAUCACUGAUCAACACGAACAAACCUCGCCCACCGAGCUCGACGACGCGCAUGCUGUCGGCAACGGCAACAACAACGUUGGCGAGACCCGCGGCAUUAAGCGCGCCCGCCCUAGCACGGCCGACGACGAUGACGACGACGACGAGAAGGGUGGCCGCGAGCGCCGCAAGAUCGAGAUCAAGUUCAUCAGCGACAAGUCGCGUCGUCAUAUCACCUUUUCCAAGCGCAAGGCUGGUAUCAUGAAGAAGGCCUAUGAGUUGUCCGUUUUGACAGGAACCCAAGUCCUGCUUCUCGUUGUUUCCGAAACCGGCCUUGUCUACACUUUCACUACCCCAAAGCUCCAACCUCUAGUCACAAAGGCAGAGGGCAAGAACCUGAUCCAGGCUUGCCUGAACGCCCCCGAACCUCCUGCCGGCGACAACGGCGUGGACGAUGCUAAUCCCGUCGAGUCUCCGGAAGAGCCCGCGAGCGCUCAUAUGCCUCCCCAGCAAAGUCGGCCUGGGAUGCCCCAAAGCCACAUGCCUCCUGGCUAUAUGCCCGGCGUUGGGAUGGAUCCCCAGCAAGCGCUCGCCUACGGCUACGUGCAACAGCAACGAGGAGGCCAAUACAUGCCGCCGAACAGUCUCCAGCAGCAUGCUGGCCACCAAUCCUAAGCAUCUGCACGUGAACUUUUGUCAUGACUUCAGCUCGCGCGCAAAAUACCCAAUACUCUAAUGCAUUCGUGAAUCAUCUAUUUUCGGUCGACAUUUGUCGAAGGCCUCGGUACUUUCGAGGCUCGUCUGGUCCGGCGUUUCUUUGGGGAUGUGUGCUGCUUAUUCCAUCUUCUUCACCAUCUUUUCAACGGCUCCUCCGGCUUUCGCUUCUGGUAGCAGCAACGCAUCCUCCUCGACCUCUCUUUUGAGGCGAUGGGUGAACCUCGCCGCAGCAGAUCAUCUCGGUUUGCUGAGGGGUCGCUCAUCCUCCAUCCGGAGAUGGGCAGGAGCGGCGCUUUGCUUGCCGAAGCUGGAAGUCAAGAUAUCAGUUUUAUCAGCAACCGGACCGGUGGUGGGCUGGGAUUGCACAUGACGGCGUCGGCUUGGGCUUGUGGUUUGGGAGCGGGGCGUGAAGCGCUGUCGGGGUUGGUUGCCCUUAUAGGUUGUUGCGUUUCUCGAGGUUGUGGUAGUGAGAUGAAGUCAACGACGGUUGACGACGAUGAAUCCAUGCCACGAACUUGACGAGGGUUACUCAUGGAGACGGCUGACGAAGAAAUAAUAUUGGUUUCCCCAGCGAUGUUCUUCCUUCUCACUCGCCGCAUCGGGAGUUGAGGCCAACAGAGCCGACUGGCUGAUUUUCACCUUUGAUAUUUUGCGCCUUUUCAAUCGCUUCUAGUAACAACACCCCCUUAGGAGGCGGGCGACGAGGAGGUGACAAGGGAGAGUUCGUAGCUAGAUGUACGAUAGUUGCGCGUUUCCAUAAUCUCUUCACCCAACG